AUGCAAAAUAACUUCCAAAAAGUAGCCGGUCUAAUCAGAAAGAGCAUAUUCAAUUGCAGAACUAUCCAAAGGAGAAAAAUGCACGUGAAGUAUCUGCCUAUGAGAUGGAAAUGUGGUGAUAACUACUGCUACAUAUUAACAGAUGAUAAGUCACAGACUUCCUGGAUUAUUGAUCCUGCCUUUCCGGAUGAUAUUGUAGACUAUUUAACAAAAGAGAACAAGACCGAGGUGACAUCAAUUGUAAAUACACAUCAUCAUCAUGAUCACUCUGGCGGUAAUCGAUUCCUUCUGCAUAAGAUUUUCAAGAAUAUUCCUGUCAUUGCCGGCAAAGACUCUCCAGAGGUAUCGUACACCCCAUCUGACGGGGAGAUCAUUCAAUUGGGAGAAAAUAUUGAAAUCACGGCAAUCCAUACACCUUGUCACACACAGGAUUCGAUUUGCUACUAUGCUGUGGAUAAAGUCACGCAUGAAAAGUGUGUCUUUACUGGUGAUACCCUAUUUACAUCCGGUUGCGGUCGAUUUUUUGAAGGUGACGCUAAGCAAAUGAACCACAGCUUGCAGAAAUUGAUGGCAUUGCCUGACGAUACGGUAGUUUAUCCUGGUCACGAAUACACUGCUAGUAAUGUUAGGUUCUCUAAAUCUGUGUUCGGUGCCAAUAAUGAAGCAUUGAAUAAGCUAGAAGAGUUUGCUUCGAAACAUGAGUUCACAACGGGAAAAUUUACUAUUGGUGAUGAGAAGAAGUUCAAUCCAUUUGUGAGACUUGACGAUCCAGAGGUGAUCCGUUCUACGGGUUUGAAAGAUCCUACUGACAUUAUGGAUCGGUUAAGAGCCAUGAAGAAUAAUUUCUAG